CCCGGGACAGUUUAGUCGCGGAACUACUCGAACCGUGAGAACCGUUGUGAGAAGUGUGCUGUUCCGUUGGAAUAUGGAUAAAAUCUGUCGUUCUCAGCUGCCGGAUUCUUCGUCGUCGCCACCACUGAGUGGCCUCCACGGGUUUCACGGCUUUGAUGAUGAGCUGAUGGCCGAUUUGCCGUCGUGCGUUUACGCAAACCACCAUCAGCUCGGCACGGUGGCCGGGAAUGGUGCCGGUUCUGGGGUUGGGGUGGCUGUUGGCCACGCUGGCCACAGUAGCAGUCCACCCAAUCUGAGACUUAACUCGAACAGUUUGCGUCAGAUGCAGCACCAGUAUCUGCAUCAUAACGAAUGUCUGGACUCUUCGACACCACCUAGCCCAUCGCUGUCCACCACCAUGAGCCAUCCGUACAAUCCGCCACCGUAUAAAAUACAGCGCCAGCAGACAAACGUCCGCGAACGGAAGCGCAUGAUGCGUUCCGCGCCAAAUGGCAGCAUUAACUCAGCGUUCGACGAGCUGCGGGUGCACGUGCCGACGUUCCCGUACGAGAAGCGGCUCAGCAAGAUCGACACGUUGCGUCUGGCCAUCGCUUACAUCGCGCUGCUCCGUGAAGUCCUGGAAGCCGAUUACGACCCACUGACGUACGUCGAGAAGUGUCUUCGGGGGGAAAUCAAGGCAGACCGUGCCCACUGGAACACUAGCGACUUAACCGCUCGACUGUCGUGGAUCAACUGGGAAAACCUGGGUGUCCACCCGGGGCGGCGUACUAUACUGACAUCGCUGGCGCUCGGUUCAUCGGAGAGCCUCGGUUGUGGGCCUCCACCGCAUCUGAUUUAAGCCACCAGAAUCGUAGAACGUUUUUUCACGUCUUCCGUCUAUUUUCUAGUCUUGUCGGUCACUGUCCGCUGGCUUUCUUACACGGAGCAUUAGUAACACGCUCCUGUACAACAAUGUAAAGCCAAGAAAGUUUAUACGUGCAAUGUAGUUACCGAUACUUUGCGAUUGUUUUGUUUUAUAAUUUAUUUUAGAAAUGAAACUGGAUCACAUAAAAGUUUUAGUAUUUGCUGAUUAUGCGUUAAAUUCAAACUCUUUCCAACUUGCAAAGCAGUAUACACGUUGAACCCAAUUUUUAAAUUAUUUCAACUGACCAUUCAUGGCUUUAUGCAUCUUCGAACAGCGAUGAACGUUGUUCCUUGUUUUUUUUUGGUUGAACUGUCUCUCAUACUCUUAGUGUAAAAUUGUACGAUUCAUCUAAAGUAGGUACUAUCGUUCUUCACUUAAAAUCCCGAAAACGAUUCUUUGAGCGUAACAAAAUGAAACGAAACUGUAAAGGUGAUAGUGGAACGAUACGAGGGAUACGC